AUGCUUUCGGGAAAACUGGCCGUGGUUACAGUGAGAAAGCAUCAGGGGUCGAGUGCAAUAUGCAGCGUUGGCACAGCACGGAGCAAAACUCGGUGGUUGACGUGUUGGGUGAACAACAGAUGCUUCCGAUUUGAAAGUCUCGAGGUGGCAAGAACUAUUAGCGCUUCGGCAGAUCACACCUUCUUCUCUUGUGAUGUCAGCAAGUCUCAAGAGGUUGCGCGACUUCACGAGUUCGUUCUGAAGCAGAAUACAAAACCUCCUAAUAUUGUGGUCAACUGUGCUGGAAUAACGAAGGAUUCUACAUUAUUGAAGAUGUCGGAGAAGAACUUUGAUGACGUUGUCGCGGUCAAUUUGAAAGGAGUAUUUUUGAUCACACAAAUAUUCGCUAAGUCAGCUGUUUCGGAGAAUACACCGCUUUCUGUCAUAAAUGUGUCUUCUAUCGUUGGCAAGGUCGGAAAUUUUGGUCAGUGUAAUUAUGCUGCAACAAAAGCUGGUGUAGUGGCCUUCGGAAAAACUGUUGGCAAAGAAUUGGCAAAAAAAGGCGUCAGAGUCAACACCGUGAUGCCUGGUUUCAUCCGAACUCCUAUGACUGAGGCGAUGCCAGAGAAGGUUCUGGCAUCGAUUUGUGAAGGAAUACCGAUGGGACGUAUGGGAGAACCAGAAGACAUUGCAGAUGCCACACUGUUUCUCGCAUCUGAUAUGUCAAAAUAUAUGACUGGAGCAACUCUGGAAGUAACUGGUGGCUUAUUCAUGUAG